UAAAUAUGUCUGAUGUCUCAUGCUAUUUACAAUUUUUUUCCAUUCUGUGUGUGAGUAGGUACUGCACACCUGUGGAAUCCAUGCCUCUCAUUGGCUUUAGCCCUGUUCAUCUUAACCACUCAGUGCUGAAAUGCCACCAUGUUAAAAUCAUAUUGACAUAUUUAAGACGCACUGAUGAAUUGUGUUCACAUUCUCUGACCAACAUAAUACACACACCCUGUAAUAUCAUGUGUCAUGUGUUACUUCUCAAGACCUCAGAGACUGUGUGAGAGUGUCAGUGAGAUUUGUGUGUCUUAUUGUGUUAAAGUCCCCACUUACCCUGCUUAAAAGAGGAGUUCACUACAAAUUAGGUGGCUACCAACUGAUUCACAUACCUGGCAGCCUUUUGUGAAUUGAUGUAAUUUACAUACAGUCUCUUUUAUUGGCUUGCUGUAAGUGACGUAGGGCAUCUGAUUGGCUAGCAGUUUGAGGUAAAACAUCUGACUGGCCAAUAGACUAUGUCUAAGUCCUCACUCAGUUUAUACAGGCACCCAUGUGAAACAUAUAUAAAACCCUGUACUGUGGGAGUGCUCAUCAGAUUCACCAGUGAGUCUUAUCAUUCUUCAUUACCAGAACAUCUAUUACCUUAAGGGAGUCAUGAUAAUGCUGAAACUGGGGACUCUCCUUCUUGCCUAUGCGCUGAUCAUUUGUCAGAUGUGCAUCUCACAGGCAGCUCCAUCCAGAACUAGCAAGGAGUCCAUGUCAGAUGGAGUUACACUAUCGAAUGAUGAUGCGCAAAGGUUACUCAGAGCUAUCAAGGAGUUUAUGCAGAUAACAUCAGAUGAGCAAGACCACCAAACAGCUGAUGGGAACAGCCUGGAUAGAGCCAUGUCUAAGCGUUGCACCGGCUUAAGCACUUGUGUGCUGGGCAAACUAUCCCAGGAUAUUCACAAACUGCAAACCUAUCCCCGCACCAACGUUGGAGCAGGGACGCCUGGCAAGAAGAGAAGUCUGUCUGAGCGAUAUGAAAACUAUGGCAGAUACAAUUGAAACUCUCGGUUUUUAGCCUAUAUGUUGUUUGUCUGUCUGAGUGGACUUCUGCUUGUUCAUCUAGCUCUGUCCAUACAUAAGACUGCUGAUGC